AUUUUAAUCCAAAAAGCCAGAAAGCCAUAAUGUGGCAUACCAUCCUUUUUGAGAGGUGAAUAUCAUCUAAUAAAAAUGGCUGACAGAAGUGGAAAGAUUGUUCCAGGACAAGUGUAUAUUGAAGUGGAAUAUGAUUAUGAAUAUGAAGCAAAGGACAGAAAGAUUGUGAUAAAACAAGGUGAACGGUACAUCUUGGUGAAAAAGACAAAUGAUGACUGGUGGCAAGUCAAACCAGAUGAAAAUUCCAAAACAUUUUAUGUGCCAGCCCAGUAUGUUAAAGAAGUCCCACGCAAAGCUCUUAUGCCUCCUGUCAAACAGACAGUUGGACUAUCAAAUAAUUCUAUGAAAAUGAUACAGAGUCUACAUCUUCAGCGAUCGACAGAAAAUGUGAACAAAUUGCCUGAGCUUUCAAGUUUUGGAAAGUCAUCAUCAUCUGUUCAAGGAACAGGUCUUAUUCGUGAUGCCAAUCAGAAUUUUGGACCCAAUUGUAGUCCAGGUCAGACUCUCAACCUAAGCCUGGACCCAGCCCAUAAUAAUGGAAAGUUUAAUAGUGACUCACAUUCUCCUAAGGUUCCCAGCCAGAAUAGGACACGCUUAUUUGGUCACUUUCCAGGUCCGGAGUUCUUGGACAUAGAAAAGACUAGCUUUUCCCAGGAGCAGUCCUGUGAUUCAGCAGGGGAAAGCUCAGAAAAAAUACAUCAAGAUUCAGAAUCUGGUGACGAACUUAGCAGCAGCUCUACUGAACAGAUAAGGGCAACUACACCUCCAAAUCAAGGAAGGCCAGAUUCUCCUGUAUAUGCUAAUCUACAGGAACUGAAAAUAUCCCAGUCUGCUCUUCCCCCUCUUCCUGGAAGCCCAGCAAUUCAAAUUAGUGGAGAAUGGGAAACUCAUAAAGAUGUUUCGGGGCGUUAUUAUUACUAUAAUAGAGGAACACAAGAAAGAACUUGGAAACCACCCCGUUGGACUCGAGAUGCAAGCAUAAUCAAAGGAGAUUUCCAAAGUUCAGGAGAUCAAGAGCUUCUUUCAUCAGAAGAAAACUACCACAGCAUUUGUUACAGCCAGUCAGAUAGUCAGUGUGGUUCUCCUCCAAGGGGUUGGUCAGAAGAGUUGGAUGAACGUGGGCAUACCUUAUAUACCAGUGACUAUACUAAUGAAAAGUGGCUCAAGCAUGUUGAUGAUCAAGGUAGACAAUAUUACUACAGUGCAGAUGGAUCUCGAUCAGAAUGGGAAUUACCAAAGUACAAUGCUUCAUCUCAGCAGCAAAGGGAGAUAAUUAAAAGUAGGAGCCUCGACAGGCGGCUGCAGGAACCAAUAGUAUUAACAAAGUGGAGACACAGCACAAUCGUAUUAGACACCAAUGACAAGGAAUCUCCAACUGCCUCAAAACCCUGCCUUCCUGAAAAUGAUUCUCCUCCCUCUUCACCAAAGCACCAAGAUACAGGUCAAGAGAAAUAUGGAUUAUUAAAUGUAACAAAAAUUACUGAAAAUGGGAAAAAAGUUCGAAAGAACUGGUUGUCUUCUUGGGCAGUGUUGCAGGGUUCAUCUUUACUUUUUACCAAAACUCAAGGAAGUAGCACAAGUUGGUUUGGGAGUAAUCAGUCUAAACCAGAGUUCACAGUGGACCUCAAGGGGGCAACAAUUGAGAUGGCAUCAAAGGAUAAAUCCAGCAAAAAGAAUGUUUUUGAGCUGAAAACCCGUCAAGGAACAGAACUACUAAUUCAGUCUGAUAAUGAUACUGUUAUUAAUGAUUGGUUUACAGUUCUUAGUAGUACUAUCAAUAAUCAGACAGUAGAAACUGAUGAAGCACUUGAAGACGAAAUCCCAGAUUCACCGGGAAUAGAAAAGCAUGAUAAAGAAAAGGACCAUAAGGACCCUAAAAAACUUCGUUCCAUGAAAAUAUCUAGCAUAGAUUCUUCAGAACAGAAAAAAACCAAGAAAAACUUAAAAAAGUUUCUUACACGACGACCCACUUUGCAAGCUGUUCGUGAAAAAGGUUAUAUUAAAGAUCAAGUAUUUGGAUCCAAUCUUGCUAAUCUGUGUCAGAGAGAGAAUGGCACAGUACCAAAAUUUGUGAAGUUAUGCAUUGAACAUGUUGAAGAACAUGGUUUGGAUGUUGAUGGGAUAUACAGAGUAAGUGGCAACCUUGCAGUGAUACAGAAGUUGAGAUUUGCUGUCAAUCACGAUGAGAAAUUGGACUUGAAUGAUAGUAAAUGGGAAGAUAUUCAUGUCAUCACUGGAGCACUCAAAAUGUUUUUUCGAGAAUUACCAGAACCUCUUUUUACAUUUAAUCAUUUUAAUGAUUUUGUUAAUGCAAUUAAACAAGACCCAAGACAGCGAGUUGCUGCUGUUAAAGACUUAAUCAAACAGUUGCCAAAGCCAAAUCAGGAUACAAUGCAGAUUCUUUUUAGACAUCUUAAAAGAGUUGUAGAAAAUGGAGAAAAGAAUCGAAUGACCUAUCAAAGUAUAGCAAUCGUUUUUGGUCCCACUCUAUUAAAGCCAGAGAAAGAGACUGGUAAUAUAGCAGUUCAUACUGUGUACCAAAAUCAGAUUGUAGAAUUAAUUCUUCUGGAAUUAAGCUCCAUCUUUGGACGCUGAUGCUUACGGAAGACAGAACCUGUGGAGUAGAAGCUGGAUUCCAUCAGAUUGCAAAUCUUUAUACACGACGUAUUUUAUUUUUGGACCAAGCAGUGACUCUUUGAUUUUGCACAUUUUUGAGGGAUCAGAAGGGAGGGGGAGUGUCAAGAUGUGUAUUAGGCCCUCAUAUUUGCUGCUUUGUUGCAAGUUAGUAUGAUUUUGGGUUACUUUUAUCCUGAAUGUUUGCAUUUCAUGCUCUGAAUUUCAGUAAAAAUCAAAACUUGCAAUUCUAACUAGGCAUAUGUACACUGGAUAAUUUGGUAAGAAAACUACAAUUUUUUUUUUUCCUCAAACUGGAUAAUACAGAAAUUCUUUCUAUGACUUCUAGGGUCAUCACGUGUAGGUUCAUCACUUGAUAGGAAUAGUACAGUUAUUUUGAAAACACUCUUGGGCAUUUUAAACAAGAUGAAGUAUAUCCGUUCUGAAACCUGUGUAUUUCGUCUUCAGGGUUUCUGCAUGCAGUGGCCGUGUAAGUGCUAAAAUUCAUCAUAACCCAGAUAGAAUCCCUUGAUGAAGGCUUGCUGUCUUUCACUGUGUCACACAGCAUCCUUACUGGAUAUCUUUGCUUGUUUGGGCAGCACACUAAUAAAUACUACAUUGAAUACUGUGACAUACUGGAGAUUUUAUUUAGCGUAAGUCAAUUCAGGGUAUUAUUAGGCUUUGUGUGCUACACUGAAUUGUAGCCAACAAUUCUCAUUCUAUCUAGUGCCAUACUGAGUUCUUGGUAUGACCCUGUGGAAAUGGACGCUAUUUGUUGUAAAUACAGGCUAAAGACUUACUGCCCUUUAGCUUAUGUACAUAAACAUGUCGUAUAGUCUCAGAAUACAUUCUAACCCUAUGUUUGUAAUCAUGGUAUCGGUAUAGGUGAUCUUUUCCGUGAAUAUUAGGUUUCCUCCAGAAAUAGGCUGUUAUUUGGGGAAGGUAACUGUGUGCACUUUUAAAUUUAAUUUACAUGUACAGGCAAAUCACUGUAAUGCAAAUGGUACUGGAAAAAUACCGCAUAGACUUGCUAAAUGGUAAAUGCACUACAAGAGGAACCUUUUAGAUUAUUUAAUAUGUACAGAAUACAUUAGAAAAAAUUUAUUACAGAAUUCUAACUCUACAAUAUGAAUAGUUGGAAACUCAUAUAUAAAUUAGGUGGAUGCUGGAUGGAAAAUGACAUUGCUAAAUUUGAGAAUUUCUUUUUACAUUACUAAUGUAGAUUGAUUUGUAUAAAAAAACAGGGUUUGGAAGGUUUUGUUACAGGGAGCAUGGUCAGUUGAAGAUUUUUUUAAAUGUAUUUUUCUAGAUUAACUGCUGUAAAUGAAAUGUCUAAUCUGAAUAAAGGAAAACUAUAAGAGGCUUAGAGAUUUUUCCAUUGGAAAUGUGCAUUUUUAAAAUUUGUUUUUGCGUUUACUUGCAUAUUCUUCUUAUACCUCAUUUUAAAAAAUCAACUGAAUCUCAUAUUUCCUGUGGCAAAUACGAUAUUUUCCUUAUUUCACACCUCUUCUGCUCCUGCUAUGCUGUCAUUCCUUUCCACUUUACAUGCGUUUUUGUUUCUUCAUUAAUACCUGAAAGUGACUGAUUUGUAAACAAGAUUUUUUUAUUAGGAUUGCAUUUAUAAUUAGGAUUGCCUUCCUUGGGUAAAAUAAUUUGUUGUGUGGUCUGUUUAAAAACCUGUCACCUGAGCUUUAUGGUUAAAAAUACUGUUUAUUGUAGUGAUUAUGUUAAAUUGAUAACAAACCAAGUACUUGAUUACCUGUAGGGAAGCAGAUUGUUUUGAGCAGGGAGAAAAAGCCUCACAUCAAAUGUUUAUUUUUGCCUAAAGAUGUCCUUAAUAAUGCAGUAUGCUUUAGGACUAGAAUAUAUAGUGAUCAUAUACCAGGAAAACAAUUAGACUCAAAUCAGUGGCAUUCUUCCUCUUGGCAGUCAUGGAAAUAUCAGAGA